AUGGCCCAGCCCCGCUGCCGCUCCGUGCUCAUCACCGGCUGCAGCCGCGGCAUCGGGCUGGGGCUGGUGCGGGGGCUCGCAGCCGCCAGCCCCUCCCCGGAUUUGGUCUUUGCGACCUGCCGGUACCCCGAGAAGGCGCAGGAACUGCAGCAGCUCAGCAAGCAAUACAGCAACAUCAGGCUCCUGCAACUGGAUGUGGUCUGUGAGAACAGCAUCAAGAAAGUGGUGAAGGAAGUGGAAGAAAUCGUGGGAGACAAAGGGCUGAACUGCCUGAUCAACAACGCUGGCAUCAACGUGCUGGCCUCGCUGGAGGAGGUCACGGCAGAGACCAUGCUCACCAUUUAUGAGACCAACACCGUGGCCCAGCUGAUGGUCACCAAGGCGUUCCUCCCGCUGCUGAGGAAGGCAGCACAGCUGGGCACUGGCAUGGGCUGUCACAGAGCUGCCAUCAUCAACAUGUCCUCCCUGGCUGCCUCCAUGCAGCUCGUCCAGGCCAACGAGAUGUUCCUCAAGGUCUAUCCCUACAGGAUAGCAAAGACUGCCUUGAACAUGAUCACCCGGUGUCUCGCUGCAGACCUGAAAUCAGACGGAAUUCUCUGCAUUUCCUUGCACCCAGGCUGGCUUCAAACAGACAUGGGUGGGAACAUGGCUCCCAUGCAGGUGCAGGAGGCCAUCCCAGGUAUUCUCUCUGUUCUGGAACGUCUCGGUGAAAAAGAAAAUGGUUCUUUCCUGGACUGGCAAGGGGAAACUCUGCCGUGGUAGAAGAGCACAGAACUCCACAGGAACAGCUCCUCAGUCACAAUUUAACCACUCCUGUCUGUCUCUAGGGGGUUCUUACACGCUUGUUGAAAUAUCCACCUGACACUCAGCCUCUCUGUGGGUGUGUUUGGGAAGCAGAGGGGCUGAGUCUUUCCCUUGGCAUUGCUACUGCUCUGCUCUAGCUGCAAACACUGCUGUGCUCCCGGUGAUGGGCAUCUCCUGGAGCCCUCUGAAAUGCAUCCAAACCUGCAGGUUAAAUCCAGGGGCUGCUGCUUCCUUUCCACUUCCAAAUCCAAAGUGGGCUUCUGGCUCUUUGCAGAAUUAAAUGACCUGACCUCAGAGUAAAGGCCAGUGGAUGCUGUCAGAUUCCAGCAUGCUCAGUUACCUCCAGAAAAAAAACAAAACAAC